AUUGUAUUUUGAAGGUUGUCUGGUAUUUAAGGUGGUUGGGGUCAUGGUGCUGUGCAGGCCACUGAAGUUCCUCCACACCAAACUCUUUAAACCGUGUUUAUGGGCCUCACUUUGUGCGAAAAGACACAGUCAUGGUGGAAAAGAAAAGCACUCUCGACUCACAGCAAGAAGGCCCUGGGUUCGAUUCCCAGGUGGAGCAGUCCGGGUCCUUUCUGUGUGGAGUUUGCAUGUUCUCCCUGUGUCUGCGUGGGUUUCCUCUCACAGUCCGAAGACAUGCUUUCAGGUUGAAAACAAGCUGUGCUAUAAGGAGGGAGAUCUAUUCUCAUGCCCAGACACAGACGCACUGGCACACUGCAUCAGCAUGGACUGUAAAAUGGGAGCAGGUAUCGCCAAGAUCUUUAAAAAGAAGUUUAAAGGAGUAGAGGAACUCUUGGAACAAAAAAAGGAACCAGGACAGUGUGCUGUACUUAAAAGAGAUGACAGAUUUGUGUACUACCUGGUUACAAAGGAAAAGUACAACCAUAAACCAACAUACCGGACAUUAAAACAAAGUCUGGAGGCCAUGAAAGAUCACUGUGUUAAAAAUGGAGUGUCUCGAUUAUCAAUUCCUAGGAUUGGCUGUGGUUUGGACAAGCUGUGUUGGAAUAAAGUGUCACUGAUGAUACAAGACGUUUUCCAAAACACAGAUGUGGUCAUCACUGUAUACUUACUCAAAACUACAGAGACUACAAGGCGUAAUAAAUAAUCAAACUUCAUUCAACACUGGCUGGAAGUAGGGUUUUCUUUUGCAGAUCAAGGUGGAUAGGUCUGUGUCCUCCUUAAAAAAAGCUUGGUGCCUCUUUUGUAUUAUACCUAAAUUAUUCGACCUUUAAAGAAUUUUAAAGAAUAAGAAUUUUGUGGGAUUGGAACCUCCUAUCAGUAACAUCGGAUCAGCCUUUAUACAGAGUUGAUGAAGUCAUGGAGUUGUGAAAGAGGUAGCUUUCAGAUCUGGAAUCCACAGGUUUCUUUGUUGAAGUUAUUUUUGGUGGUGGUGGGAGGGGGAGAACCAAAAUAAGUCAUAGAGGAUUUUGGGUAUAUAAUGCAAGAAAUGUGUACAAAUAAAAAGCCAAGUCAGUGUUAAUAAAAACGUUUUUGAUCUUCUAUAGCACAUAUAUACUGUAUAUUAAUCUACACUAUAUAUUCAAAAUGUGGACACCCACUCCUAAUCUUUGAACUGAUCAAACCCUACCAGUUGCUAACAGGUGUAUAAACAGAGCCCUGACCUCAAUCCCAGCAUGUCUGGGAUGCAUUAAAAUGUCAACUGCAAACCAGGCCUUCUAAUCAUGUCAGGGCCAGUUCCCAUAGAGCUACAAAGAGCUACAAAAUCUUGUAUAAAGCAUGUUCUGUAUGUAUGUGAGAGAGAAUGAGUGAUUUUCUUCUUGUAUCAUCUUCAGUUUUUGCUGGGUACUCCACUGGGUAUUCCACCUGUAAAUUGCUUCUAGGUGUGUGUGUGAUUGAUCGAGUAAAUGCAUGUAACUGUGUGUUGCCCCGUAUUGGAUUUGCAUCUUGUUCAGGGUGAGUGGCACUGGUCCCACUGCAACCCUGACAAGGAAAAACGACCUCUGCUGGCUGGUUGAUGGCGUCUGAUGGAGCCGAGGAAUAAUGCUGAUCAGGGUGUGAUUCUCCGUACACAAAGCUGAUUCGCAUAUAAAUUCGCCUCGUAUAGAUGAAAAGAUGCAGUUGGCAACUGCACGUGUUGGAGGGGGCAUGUGUCAGUCUCGAGCUCCUUAAUUGGGGUGGGGGUCAGCUCCGGUGGUGAGGAAGCAGAACGCAAUUGGGUAUAAAUUGGACGCGCUAAAAUUGGGAGAAAAUGCAUUAAUAAAUAAAUAAAUUAUAAUAAAUAAAUAAAAUAAAAUUAGAUUGUCUCAGUUAAAAGUUACAUUGCACAACUUUACAGUUUUUAUCUUAAUGUAUUAAAAAUUAAAACAUGAUUGAAUUCAUGUCACAUGGGUGAUGUUUUGUUUCUGUUUUGUUUAAUAAAAAAAACAACAUAUAA